AUGAACUCAGGCGAGGGCAAAGGUCGUCUCGAUAGCACUGCGAGUCUUCAGAGUCUUCCCAAUGAAGUCAUUCUGCAGCAAUUGCUUCCGUAUCUCCCCGCAAAAGACGUUGUUGCCUUAUCCAGGGUCAACAAACAGCUCAAUACCCUAGCGACCGAUGAGACGCUGUGGUAUCGGUUGAUCAUACGAGACUACACGUUUCCCCCUUCGUUACUCGCUUCCCCGGCCGAGAACUCGGGUUGGUCUAAAAGGGUAUACGCUGGAUUGAGCUCUCCCGAGGUCAAUGUUUGGGGAUCAACAGACAACGGACGAUUGGGUGUCGACCUGGCGGCGAUUGAGGGUAAUGUCAGGAGAAAUUUGCGGCACGUAAACUCUCCCCUCAAAGUUACCUUUCCCAGCUUGCCAGCGGAUGAUCUUACGGACCUGAAACCUCCACGAAUCGUCAAUAUAGAAGCUGGCGGGUACAGCUUCACUGCCCGAGAUGCCGAUGGGGGUGUCUGGGUUUGGGGUCAACUAGACGGUUCAUCGCCCGCAUUUUACGCUCGAACUUGGGAGAAUCGACAUGCUCAGGCGACUCGACCAACACGACUGCCUCUGCCAUGCAAGGUUGAGAGCAUUUGUACCUCUAGAACGCAUCUGUUGUGUCUCGACUCCGAUAAUUUGAUAUGGGAAAUGCGAGCAUGGGGACUGGCUUAUCACCACACAGCGAGCGUGCUCACUGCGCCGGCCAAUUCAGGUUCAAGCGGAACGAUAAAGCACAUUAUACAAUUGGCUGCGUCGUGGAAUCAUUCUGCCUGCUUGACAUCCAAAGGCGACAUCUUCUUCUGGUCGCCGUUCACCGCGGCCUACAGUCAGAGCUUGACUCCGGAGGAUCAACUAACUCCAAGCGCAUUCUCGUCCCUGGAUGGAAGUGGCAGGCAAGAUCAGAGAUGGGGCAAAGUUGGCGAAGUUGUUUCAGAUUUACCACCAAUUCCACUGCGGCCACGACGUGAUUUGACCGAAUUUGACGAUCCUCCGAAAGGAUCCGAAGAGCCUUAUGCAAAAUUGAAAGCUCUUGAGAUCGAAUGGCAACAAUGGGAGAAGAUGACGGAUCUGAAGCGUCGAGAGGAAUUGGAGAUUGUUACGAAAAUAGCCAGUGCCAUAGACUCAAUUGUAGCGCUGAAAGCGAAUGGCGAGGUCUGGUACCACAAGCUGAAGUCGGAUGGAAGGCAUGGGAGAACGUGGCUUUUUAUGCCUCACUUAUCUGGUCCGACUAUCAUCCACAUCAGUGCUCAAUAUCUUUCGAUCACGUCUUACUGCCGAACAACGAUAAAUCAUAUCAGGUUUGAUCCGGCCUUUGAGCAUGAGCCUCAGCUGUUGAUUCCAAAAGAGAUCAGAGGCCUCGUCGGCAAAAGGAUCAUCCAGGUCGUCUCAGGGGAUCAUCAUGAAGUGGCCUUGACAGAAGGGGGAGAAGUCUGGUCUUGGGGUGGAGCCGAUCAUGGUCAGAUGGGAAAUGGAACCACUUUGAGAUCGAUUCAAGAGCCUCAGCGAGCCAUCUUUCCAGGGGAUGAGAAGGAUGGACCGAAGACAUUCGCCUUUUGCGUCGCGGCUGGUGGGUAUCACACUGGCGUUCUGGUCCUAGGAGACGCUUCGCGGAGUGAUGAACCAGCCUCAGUGGCAACUGAUCCUCCUGCCGAUACAACGACUUCUCAAAGUGAAUUCUCUCAAGAGCGCCCACCUCGUCCGGUCCCGAAUCCAUGGGAUGAUAGUCCGUCUUUCGCGUCGCAUCGAUCGGCCGGUGGAAGUGGGAUUCGUCCUACUGUGAUGGGAUCUGGAUCAGGAUUGGGACAAACAGGACGUCCAAUUUUCCGAGUCGGAUUUGCCGGACGAGGCAGCGCUAUCGGAGAGGUUGCGAGCCGAAACUGGCAGACAAGGCAGCAGGCUGAUCAAGCGGAGGAGACUGCCGAAGACGAAGCCCGCAAUCACGACAUGGACGAAGCAGCAGAUCAUUGA